AUGUCAUGGAGGAAAUUGGUAUGCAACAAUGGUGGCCUACCUAGAUGGAUUUUUAUCUUGCGAUUGGCUGCACUAGGCAGACUACAAACUAGAGAUAGACUAUUUAAAUGGGGUAUCACUACAGACCAGAUCUGCCCCGUAUGCGACAAAGAGCCAGAAAGCCUUAAUCACCUGUUUUUUGUAUGUGAGGUAUCCGCUGAAAUUUGGCAGAAGCUACUGAAUUGGAUUGGCAUUCGGAAGGUUCCUACGCACUGGACUGAAGAACUGGGAUGGGCAGAAUUGAAUGCAAAAGGUCGAAACCCACAAGCUGAAGUUUAUAGAAUGAUGUUGGCUGCUGCAGUGUAUUAUGUUUGGAGGGAAAGGAAUGCUCGUGUGUUUCAAAGUCAAAGACAGAGUCCUCAGGCUAUCAUUAAACUUAUCAUCCAGGACAUUCAUGCUAGAGCUACAAAGCAGGCUAGAAUUGCACUAUGGUUGGAGGACCACAACUUCUAUCCUAGCUAG